AGAGAGUGUGUGUGUGAGUGAGUGUGUUAGCGGCUCAGGACGGGACCUUUAGUCUGCUUGUUCCGUGACGUGGUGUAGGAUAAAACUCUAGGGUCUUGUACACUGUGCUCCUACAGACCCCACAGACUUCCACACUCCCAUUAGGCGAAACUCGGACCAUCAUGGGAGAUGACAGUGAGUGGAUGAAACUUCCCACCGACCAGAAAUGUGAACAUAAGGUUUGGAAAGCGAGGUUAAGCGGCUACACAGAGGCUCUGCAGCAGUUCCAGAGGAUUACAGAUGAGAAGAGUCCAGAGUGGGGCAAAUACCAAGGACUCAUCAAGAAAUUCGUGACCGAUUCGAACGCAGUGGCGCAGCUUAAAGGACUUGAGGCGGCUCUGGUUUAUGUUGAAAAUGCGCAUGUGGCAUCCAGGACUGUGGGAGAGGUUGUGUCCGGCGUGGUGUGUAAAGUCUUUAACCAGCCUAAAGCACGUGCUAAAGAGCUCGGCUCGGACAUCUGUCUGAUGUACAUCGAGAUCGAGAAGGGGGAUGCGGUUCAGGAAGAGAUUCUCAAAGGCUUGGAUAAUAAGAACCCGAAAAUCGCACUCGCCUGUGUGGAGGUGUUGAGACGGGCGGUGAGUGAGUUUGGAGCGAAGAUCAUCACCUUGAAGCCGGUGGUGAAGGUCCUGCCGAAGCUCUUCGAGUCCAGAGAGAAGGCAAUUCGAGACGAGGCCAAGCUCCUCGCUGUGGAGGUUUACAGAUGGAUCCGAGACGCUCUGCGUCCUCCUCUUCAGAACAUUAACUCCGUCCUGCUGAAGGAGCUGGAGGACGAGUGGGCGAAGGCGUCGGCGCCUCGACAGAGCCGCUUCCUGCGCUCGCAGCAGGACCUCCGGGCCAAGUUUGAGCAGCAGCAGCAGAACGGAGGAGACGCAGAAGAGGAAGGAGACGGUGACGUGGAAGAAGCCGCUCCCGCUGUCGACGCUUACGAGCUCCUGGAAGCGGUGGAGAUCCUCUCGAAACUCCCUAAAGACUUCUUCGAGAAGAUCGAGGCGAAGAAAUGGCAGGAGAGGAAGGAGGCGCUGGAAGCUCUGGAAGCUUUAACCAAAAACCCCAAACUUGAAAGCGGGGAGUACGGAGACGUUGUUAAAGCUCUAAACAAGGUCAUCGGAAAAGACACAAACGUCAUGUUGGUGACGCUCGCCGCGAAGUGUGUAGCAGGACUUGCCUCUGGCCUCCGGAAGAAAUUUGGCCCCUAUGCUGGUCAUUUGGUGCCAACCAUUUUGGAGAAGUUCAAGGAGAAGAAAGCUCAGGUGGUCCAGGCACUACAGGAAGCGAUAGAUGCAGCGUUCCUGUCUACGACGCUUGAGAAAAUAAGCGAGGACGUGCUGGCCGUGAUGGACAGCAAAAACCCAUCGAUCAAGCAGCAGGCUUCGCUGUUCCUCAGCAGGAGUUUUCGGCAGUGCACUCCCAGCACGCUGCCUAAAAACCUCCUCAAACCGUUCUGUGUGGCUCUGCUGAAGCAAGUGAACGACUCUGCUCCAGAGGUUCGAGACGCAGCGUUCGAGGCUUUGGGCGUGGCGCUCAAGGUGGUGGGAGAGAGGGCCGUUAACCCUUUCCUGGCUGACGUGGAUAAACUUAAAGUCGAUAAGAUUAAGGAGUGUGCUGAGAAAGUGGAGCUGCCCGGGGGAAAGAAGACAGCAGGUCAGGUGAAGGAGAAAACCGCUCCGAAAGCCCAGGCUGCACCGGCGGCUCCAGCUGCCCCAUCUGCCCCUGCCAAGAAAACACCUGCAGCCUCGGCUGCUAAGCCAUCCGCUCCCAACAAGAAGGGCAAACCCUCUGCACCCAAAGGAGCUUCUGCCUCCGCCAAAUCUAAGGGCUCAGAGAGCAGAGACGUGACGGAAGCCGAGCUCUCUAUGGAGGUGUGUGAGGAGAAGGCGGCCGCGGUUCUUCCAGCAUCCUGUAUGCAGAUGUUGGAGAGCGCGAACUGGAAGGAGAGGGUGGCUUCCAUGGAGGAGUUUCUGAAGGCCAUAGAGCUCAUGGACAGUAAAGAGAUGCCCUGCCAGGCCCUCGUCCGGAUGCUGGCCAAAAAACCUGGCUGGAAAGAGACCAACUUCCAGGUGAUGCAGUUGAAGCUGCAGGUGGUUUCUGCCGUGGCUCAGAAGGGCUCGUUUUUCUCCAGGACGUCGUCCCUGGCGGUGCUGGAAGCCGUGGUGGAUAAAGCUGGAGAUGUGAAGUGUGGCGUGAGGGCUCGAGAGGCUCUGACCGCCAUCGCUGAAGCCUGCACACUUCCCUGGACCGCUGAACAGGUGGUGUCCAUGGCCUUCGCUCAGAAGAACCCUAAGAACCAGGCUGAGGCUCUGAACUGGCUCUGCGGUGCGAUUAAGGAGUUUGGAUUUGCAGGAAUGAAUGUCAAGGCUUUCAUUAGCAACGUGAAGACCGCUUUAGCUGCUACUAAUCCAGCUGUAAGAACCGCUGCCAUCUCUCUCCUGGCCGUGAUGCACCUGUACAUGGGCGCUCCCCUCCGCAUGUUUUUUGAGGACGAGAAGGCGGCGCUGCUUUCACAGAUAGACGCAGAGUUUGAGAAGAUGAAAGGUCAAACUCCUCCGCCUCCUAUAAGAGGUUUAUCAAAGGCCAGUGGGGCAGAAGGAGAGGAGGAAGGUGAGAAGGAGGAAGAACACGAAGGAGGUGCAGAUGUUGUGGAUCUUCUGCCUCGAACGGACAUCAGCGACAAAAUCACCUCCGACAUGGUGUCAAAAAUCGGCGACAAGAACUGGAAGUUGAGGAAGGAGGGACUGGAGGAGGUCACCGCCGUCCUCUCUGAGGCCAAGUUCAUUAAACCCAACAUCGGGGAGCUUCCUGUGGCACUCAAGGCUCGGCUUACAGACUCCAAUAAAAUACUGGUCCAGCAGACCCUCUCCAUCCUGCAGCAGAUGGCCACAGCGAUGGGUCCUGCGCUGAGACAGCAUGUUAAAGGCCUGGGCUUCUCGAUCAUCACUGUGCUCACUGACAGCAAGAAUGCUGUGCGUGCGGCAGGUUUGGCUACUCUGAACGUCUGGGUGGAGCAAACGGGGAUGAAGGAGUGGUUGGAUGGUGAGGACCUGGCUGAGGAGCUGAAGAAGGAGAAUCCGUUCCUCAGACAGGAGCUGUUGGGGUGGCUGGCUGAGAAAUUGCCCAGCUUGCGCUCGGUUCCCUCGGACUUUGCCCUGUGUGUUCCUCAUCUCUACUCCUGCCUGGAGGAUCGUAAUGCUGACGUGAGGAAAAAAGCCCAGGAUGCACUUCCAGUCUUCAUGAUGCACCUGGGUUAUGACAAGAUGAACAAGGCCACUGCUAAGCUGAAGCCAGCGUCUAAAGAUCAGCUUGUUGGUUUGUUGGAGAAGGCUCGAUCAGCCAUGCCUGCCAAACCUGCAGCUCAGAGUAAAGCAGCACCUGCUGCAACCAGCACUGUAAAGCCUCCUUCAAAGCCCGCUGCAGCUCCUCCUGUUCCAGAAAAAACAGUCGCGGUGAGCGAACAGCCUCCAGCAGAACCCAAAAAAAACAAACCAGCAGCUGCACCCAAGGCUAAGCCUGUUGUGAAGAAACCACCUGGCAAAGUUGAGGAAGAUCGGAGCGGUCCCAUCUUCAUCCUCGUUCCCAAUGGGAAAGAGCAACGGAUCAAAGAAGAGAAAAGUCAAAAGGUGUUGAAGUGGAACUUUAUGACCCCUCGUGAGGAGUUUGUUGAUCAGCUGAAGAGUCAGAUGACCCCAUGCGUGGCAAAAUGGCUGAUGGAGGAUCUCUUCCACGCAGAUUUCCAAAAACACAUCAAGGCCAUCAGCACCAUGAUGGAGCACCUGGAGGCGGAGUCUGAGGCCACAGUCAGCUGCCUGGAUCUGAUCCUGAAGUGGUUCACGCUGCGCUUCUUCGAUACCAACACCAGCGUCCUGAUGAAGGCUCUGGAGUAUCUCAAGCUCCUGUUUGUUGCACUCAGUAACCAGGAUUACCAUCUGACCGAGCACGAAGCCACGCUCUUCAUCCCUUACUUCAUCCUCAAGAUGGGUGAGCCGAAAGACGUGGUGCGUAAAGACGUGCGCAGCAUCUUUAGCCUGAUGCGUAAAGUCUACCCAGCUAGCAGACUCUUCCCUUUCCUUGUGGAUGGAACGAAAUCCAAAAACUCCAAACAGAGAGCGGAGUGUCUGGAGGAGCUCGGCUGUCUGGUUGGUCAGUGUGGCCUGUCUGUGUUCCAGCAGACCGCAGCCAAGUCCUUGCGUGAAAUUGCAGUACACAUCGGCGAUCGAGACACAGGCGUGCGUAACGCCGCGCUAAACACAGUCGUGGCUGCUUAUAACGUCUGUGGAGAGCAAGUGUACAAGCUGAUUGGCCAGUUGUCAGAAAAAGAAAUGAGCAUGUUGGAGGAGAGGAUCAAGCGCUCUGCUAAGAAACCCUCGGCCCUCGCUGCUCCUGUUAAAUCUCAGGCGGAGGAGAAAACGUCUGCCCCAGCUAACGCUAGUCUGCUACGCAAACCGACUGUCGAAGCAGCAGCUGCAGCACCUUCUAAACUGAGUGAGAUACGGCGUCAGAACGCAAACACAGUGGUCCAGCAGGAGAGCCCUGAAGUGCCUCGCCAGUUUCAGCUCGACCCCAACUUCAUCGUGGAUUUUCCCGAAGCCAUCAUGCCCGAGCUGCUGGUGGUGGAGACGGCCGAGUCGUCGCCUUUGGACGUGCCGGAGUUCAAGUACAAGUUUCCAUCUGUCUCCAGCAGCAUUAAAGACUCUGCAGCCAGCAUCAGUCUGGUCAUUUCACAGGUCGCGAGCUCGGAUGGCAAAACCAGCAUGCAGGGCUUAGCUAAGAUAGCAGAGAUUUUGAGCAAGGAGAGUGAGUGGAAGCUGAUGUCCAGUCACGUGGACGAGUUCAUCGUCGCAGCACUGAUGCAGCUCGGCUUGCAGGCCAGCAGGCGCGUGGGGAACGAGGUGACGCAGCACAUGGGGAAACUCUACUCCUCCGUCAUCAGCACUCUGAGCUCGCUGGUUUUGGCAGGCAAGCUGUCUCAGGAAGCCUCGCCGGGUGUGCUGAAGAACCUGGUCCAGGUUCUGCUCUCUCUCACGCUGGAUCCCCAGCACCAGCAGAGCUCACAGGAGCUCAUCCGCUCUGUACACAUCCUCCUCUCGACUUUAUUUAAGACCGCCGAUCCCACCAACAUGCUCAGCGCUUUACUGGUGCUGUUACAGGAGACCAGUAACUCUGCUGCGUCCACAGAGUUUUCUGAAAUGGUCAUGAAGUGUCACUGGCGUAUGAUCAAACUGCUUCCGGAGAAGAUCGAAUCCCUCUACCUGGACCGGAUACUCCUGGACAUCCACAACUUCAUGAAGGCUUUUCCAAAAGAGCUGCUCAAACAGAAACCCAAUGACAUGGCUUACCGCACCGUCAAAACACUGCUGCACACACUGUCCAGGCUGGUCGGCCCCAGGAUUAUGGAUCACCUGAGCCUGAUCGAGAACAGCAGUGAGUCAGAAGUCGAAGCUCAUCUGAAGAGAGCGAUGAAGCACUCCGUCUCGGCACCGUCUCAAAUGUCUCAGAACACAGAACAUGUUGCUAAACUGAAUGUCCAGACUUCUGCUGAUGCUCAGAAAGCCAUGAAACCUGCAGCAGCACCACUAAGCUCCGGCACCGAACCUUUCAACGUCGCUCACUAUCAGGAGAAACUGAGAGCUCUGAAGCAGAUCUGUGGCCUUCAAAACACCAUGAAGGUGAACGAGGACAAGCCCAGCGUCCCUGUAGCAAGUGCCAAGCCCCCCGUCCCCUCCUCGAUGGACAUGCUGAUGUCUCAGCUGUCUAAGCUGCGCGAGUCUCGUGAGCAGCGCGGAGCUGAGAACGUCAAGCCUCACAGUCCUCCUGGGGACAUCGACGAAUUCCGCGCGAGACUCGAGAAGAUUAAAGCCAGCAUGCGUUGAUCCUCACACACUUUUUUCCAACGUCUGUCCGUGUGUUUGUGCCUCUCUGUCUACCUCUUCUGCAGCUACGCUUCUUGCACAUGUCUCUGUAUGUACUGUCUUAACCUGUAUAUAUUUAAACUUUUCUCUUUUUAAUAAUGUUUUCCCUCCAGUGGUUUUACUGAGGAUUUUUCUCAUUUAAAUAAAACUUAUUUGACUGACUGAA